AUGCGGUAUCCCGCUCCUCGUAAGUUUGGUGACGCACCAGUAUAUGCAUCUCGCACAUUCGGCGUCCCUGAUCGUUGGGGACUUGUGGUACUCAGUGAUUUUGGAGCCGCAGUUCGAGGUGACGAAGAACAAACACACGAUGCACAGCCUGGCAUCUAUCGUUGCCCUGAGGUGAUGCUGGCUGCGCAGUGGAGUUAUCCCGCAGAUAUUUGGAAUGUCGGCGUCAUGAUCUGGGAUAUAUACGAAGAUAAACAUUUGUUUCACGGCAAGCACCCAGACGGUAGUGGGUAUAAGACCGCAGCCCACCUCGCAGAAGUGGUUGCGAUGUUUGGACCACCUCCCCUGGAUCUGCUCAAGCGAGGCCUGCGCAGCAAGGAGUUCUUCAACGACGAAGGUCAGAUAAAAGGCGAUGUUCCCGUUCCGGAAGGCUUAAGCUUGGAGAGCUGCGAGAAAACUUUGGUCGGUCAGGAACAACACGAGUUCUUGGCAUUUGUGCGAUGUAUGCUGCAAUGGGAGCCUGAAGACCGCAUGACCGCGAAGCAGCUGCUUGACCACCCGUGGCUCAAGGCUCCAAAAUCUGUGAAGCCUUUGACGCAGGGUGGUGUAGUCAGCUGGUAG